AUGUCCAUCACUCUUUUGAUAACGCUACCUGACGGCAGUGUCGAUCUCAGCGUCGACUUUCAAAAUGCCGUAUUUGGCAUUAUUCCUGCUGUUGCUGUUGUCUGCGCCAUGCUCGUCGUCGCCAGUCUGCAGUGGUCAUUGCGGGAUUCCGGCCGCAAAGGAACAAGUGCCACUGAAUGGGUAGAAACUAUGCUCCUUCUUCCGCUUGUCGUGCUGCAUUUGGCAUCUCUCAUUGUAAGCUGCAGGCUACCAGCCCAUUCCUCGCUUGGUGCCAACUCACUUGCCACCGCCAGUUACACGCUUCGCCUCAUUGCGUCUAUCAAGGUGGUUUUUAGUCGUCUUCUAUGGAACGCCGACUAUCUGCUUUUGGCAAAUUUCUACCUGCUCGUAACCUGCAUUGCCGACGGUGUUCGAGUCCAUACCUUGUGGCGCCUGGCCAAGCUCGACCCGUCAACAGGCUUUGCGCUUGCAGCCCUGCAGGUGGCCGUGAUCAUCAUGACGGCCGUUGCUUUUCUAUUUUCGGAAAUCUGCUCUACUGUCAAGUCUCGCGCAGCAAGAAAGGGCAGGCGAGUGCACGUCGAUGAGCCUGGUUCUGGGGCUGGCGGGAUGCUCUUCCUUGGUUGGCUUUGGCCGCUGCUCAAAUAUGGUCUCAAGAACAAGUUGGUUGCCGAUGAUCUAAAAUCCUCUCUACCUCGUCCCAACGCAACCUACAGGCUACGAACCAACAACCUUGACCUGUUUGAUGCGGAUUUCUGGGGAGGUGCUGCGGUCCAUUUCCUUGGUGCCAUGUUUAUUCGGAUCUUGGGUGCUGCGACCCUGCUCGCGCAGCCGUUCAUUAUCAAUGGCAUCCUGUCAUUUUUGCAGAGUAACCAGCAUCGCUCUGUUGGUGCGUGGCUAGUUGUUUCCAUGCUGUUCAACCUUUUCCAAGUUCAUGGCGAUCAGCUUUUUGUGCAACUGGCUACUCGAGUCCGCUCCUUUCUCAUCCACAACGUUGCACUUCGCUCUUUUGGAGCGACCCCUCCUGAAGGUGCAGACUGGGAGGCAGCCAGCGGCAAAGUUCUGGUGCGCCUGUCGCAAGACUCGGCAGCAGUGUCUGGAGCCGUUAUCCUGAGUGGCAUGAUUGUGCCCAACGUUCUUGUGGUUGGAGUGGGCUCUUAUGUCCUAUUCAAGUACAUCAAUCUCGCGUUCCUGGGUCCUUUGAUUGCCGUGGUAGUAUGCCUCCUUGCGCCGAUGCUCCUCGGUGGACCGCUGUCGCGAAGCCAGCGUAAGCUUCUGGAGGCAGCGGAGAGUCGUAUUCAAAUUAUCAAGAAUCUCCUUUCAGAGAUUCGAAUCAUUCGGUUCAGCAAUAUGCAACAGACAGCUGCUCAGCAAGCCACGCAGAGUAGACAGCGGGAGAUUGACGCUGCCACGACGUUUCGCGGCGUUCUCACAUUCGUCGUCGUCAUUGUCUUUCAACUGACACGCAUCGGCGAAGCGACUUUUACCAUGAGCCUCGCAAACUUGGCAGCUUUUGGUGGCGUUGCUCUUCUGCCCUGGCUGAGCUUCGAUUACACAGUCCUCUUCACUUCGCUCUCCAUGAUUCAAAUCAUGAUCAUGCCUCUCCUCUCCAUCCUUCAAAUGCUGCCAGAGUUUUUCAGCGCAUUUGUCAGCUGGAAGCGUAUACGCGAUUACGUUGCGAAGGGUAUCGAUGUGGUAAAGCCCGCGGACACCAAAUGCCGGAGCAAUGAAGAUACAGACGGGUUAUUGCUAUACUUGGACAGUUUUACCGCAGGAUGGGCUCUUGAUUCAACUUUUCUCAAUAAUGUACACCUCUCUGUAAGCCGACAGGACUUACUGGUGGUAUCGGGUGCUCCAGGCUGUGGGAAAUCUAGUUUUCUGAAAGCGCUGCUGGGAGAGGCACGCAUUACAGGGACCACGAGGAUGGGCGCGAAGCACCUCACCUAUUGCGACCAAGUACCUUGGUUUAUUCCAGAAAUGACGAUAAAGGAAAACAUCCUCUUCGGGAAAGAGUUCAAGUCGGAAUUAUACACCGAAGUGGUGGCGGCCUGCUGCUUGGACUACGACUUUCCAACACUACCAGGUGGCGACGAGACAAAGCUGGCAAGUAAUGGCUCUCCUCUUAGUGGCGGACAGCGCAAGAGAAUAGCUCUCGCACGAACUCUUUACGAUGACUCAGGCGAUUUGGUUCUGCUUGACGACAUUUUCAGUGGUCUCGAUGCCAAGACGAGGACGCAGCUUGCAGUCAACGUGUUCGGGCCCAAUGGCUAUCUGCAGAAACGGCGCGCCGCUGCCAUACUUUGCUGCACUGAGGCACCCGCCAUGUUGUAUGGUGCUGCAAACGUCCGCUAUUACCAGCUGGACUCUGGGUCAUUGACACUGGUCGAAAGGGUUGUGGCCGAUCCCAGUACUGACGAAUCAAUUGUGGAAGAAGCUGGCAAUAGCUCAGUGCUCAGAGAGAGUGACACGCCUACUACUUCUGAACCUGCAAACGACACUGAGCGAUUGUUGCAUAGUGUCCAAGCAACCAUUGACGAGGGCGAGGCACCCGACAAAGUCGGAGGCAAGAGCUUCGAGGCUCAUCGCAUAUACCUAACGUCCUUGGGUUCUUUGCCAAGCCUGAUCUUUGUUGCAAUACUUUUACUCGUCCGGGUUGGGCUUGACAAGGGAAGCUCGUUUUGGCUCUCUCACUGGGCCGGCCAAUAUGCACGUUUGCACAAGAAUAUCAACACCGGCUACUAUAUCGGUGUAUAUGCCGCUUUUGCUGGCGCUGGACUAUGUGUGUCCUUUGCCAUGAUCAGAACGCCAGCAUCCACCACUGAGCUGCGUCAAUCCGAGACGGUAAACAGAUUUAUGAAUGACAUUGAAGCUGUCGAUUUGGACUUGCCGCAAGCCCUGGAAAAUUUAACUACAGCCCUGGGUUCCAGUCUAGGAUCGCUUGUGGUUAUUGCAAUUGGCUCGCCCUACGCCAUCAUCUCGCUCGUCGUCCUCUUGCCCCUGCUAUGGUUCCUACAGAGAAUCUACCUAUCAAGCUCGUUCCAACUUCGCACUUUGCACAUUGCCGCCCGGGCGCCCAUGCUCGAGGUAGCCAGCGCAACGGUACCGGGACGCAUGACAGUUCGGGCGCUGCGAGCCGAGCAGUUUCUGUCGCACGUCAUCUCCGACAAAGUACAUCAUGCGCUUCUCAUGGGCUACAUUUUUUCUUCUGUGCAGAAUUGGGCCAUUUUAAUGCUAAAUCUUCUCAACGGGUGCUUGGCCACGGCAGUGGCCGGGCUGUUGGUUGGGCUGGGAGGGUCGCAGAGUGCUGGCUGGGGCGGACUGGCGCUGGUCAACACUAUUACGCUCGGUCAGGAUGCAAUGCUGCUGCUCACGUGGUGGACAAGAUUCGAGACAUCCAUGGCUUCGAUGGAGCGAAUUUUUGACUACACGCAUAACACGCCGCAGGAGAAGAUUGUGCCGCCAGCGGCAGCCGUUGGAGACUCUUGGCCAGAGAGGGGGAGCGUCGAGUUGGACAACUUGUCUCUUGACUAUGCACCUUCAAGUGGGAAAACAUCCCUGCUACAAGCAUUCUUCGGUCUCAUCAACCAUGCCGGCGGCACCAUGCAUGUAGAUGGGGUUGAGCUCUCCCACGUCGAGAGCGGCACCCUGCGUCGUCGCCUGGUAGGGCAUCCUCAAAAGUUUGUCGCAAACAGCAACGGCAGUGUCAGGGAGAAUCUGGACCCGGAUGGAGAUGAAUCUGAUGCUAGGAUCGAGCAAGUUCUCGGCCAAGUCAUGGCGGCCGAAAUGUGCGCAGAAGUCGUGUCCAAGCUUGACAGCAAGUGGAACGACUGCAACUUCUCCGAGGGCUGGCAGCAGCACAUUGGCAUCUGUCGAACCUUGCUUCGCAAUUCUACCGUUUACGUACUAGAUGAGCCUACAAGCGGAAUGUCCCAGGCGCGUCACAUGGAAGUGAUGGAUGCAAUGUUGAGCCUCACGGCAGAAAAGACAGUCAUCACCACGACGCACACACUUGUUGGUAUUGAAAAGUUUGACCAGGUCAUUAUUAUUCGAGACGGGCGGUUGUUACAACACGGCUCGCCCGGAGAGCUGAUCAAGGAGGAGGGCAGCGCGCUGAAUGAGCUCAUACGUGCAGAUUCGCGGCAGUAUAAAAUUUAA